UUCAGGGUGUGCGUUUGGGAAAUGCUGUAUGUUUACAUAUUAUUGAAAGACAUGAGCUGCUGAUUGAUGUGUUUGGUUGGAUUUGCUGAAGCUGAAUAAUAAUAAUAACAAAAGUAAUCGGAAUAAAUCCUGCAGCAAAGAUGAAGAGGAAAGUGGCGAAAAAAGUAGGGAAAUUACGUUUGAGUCCCAACGAAGAGGCUCAGAUUUUAAAAGAAGAACUUGAAAGACGAAGAAAGCUGAGGUUACAACAGGUUCGUGAGCAGGAACGGUAUAUUGCGCUGCAGGUCAGGAAGGAGGUCAAACAGCGUCGCGAUCGAGAGCUCCAGAAUCUAGCAGAGGAGCUGAGAGUGGAAUGGCAGAGAGAACAGGCUGAGAAAGCCAGGGCACUGGAAAUUCAUUAUCUGAACAGUCUGGAAGCUGUGGGAGAGGGCCACAGGGGAGCCAAAGAAAAUGAACCAGACUGGGCAGCCAUUGCACGGAAUGUGGCAGCAAGCAAUCAGAAAGCAGAGGAAAGACACAAAGAAGCGCUAAAAGACUUAAAAGCACAAAGACAAAAACAGCUGGAAGAACAAACUCGAUACAUUAAAACUCGGAAGCAAGCAUUACUUCUGGAAAAAGAGAGAGCUUCAAGAGUUGCAAGUCUACCAACUCCAAAAGACCCCUUGGAAAAUAUUGAAGUAAAGAAGCAUCCUGCUGUAAAAAUGUACGAUGUCAACAGUUUCUCUGUCACACACUACCAUCUGCCAGAGCCUUGUGUUAACAGGGAGGUUGACACAGAGCAGUUGGAUGCACGAGUAGCAGCAGAAGAAGAGAGUAAACGCUUAGAUGAGUUGCAGAAGGAAGAAGAGCAAGAGAGACGAGAACAGUUGGAGAAGGCCAGGCUAAGAGGUGGUCAUGCCCUUCGAAUGGUCCAUUUGGCUCAGGACAGGGAGAGGUUGAUGAAGGAGCUGGAGCAGAUGCAACAUGCAGACCUGAACCGGCGGAGACAGGUCGUGGCACAGAUGCCUCUACAACUGUUUGAACCACCAUAUAGACGUCUGGAAAUCAAAGAGGACUGGCAGCGAGAUUUGGAGUUUGCCUUUGAAGACAUGUACGCUGGGGACAAAAAGCUGAAAGGAGACCUGGUUCUGCGCUUGGAGCCCGAGCCUUUGCCAGCUCCUUCUACAGGAUCCCAGGAUGAGGACUUGGAUCUGACACUGGAACCUGAGGCAGCAGUCGGUACUGAAGAGGGCAGUGAGGAAAGUGAACCAGUCAGCCUUCCGUGCAGAACAGAAGUCGGUCCAGAACAAGAUCUGACUCGCCAAGCUGUUUCUAAGCAAGCAUUGAAGAAACUGUUUAGCAAGAUCAGGACCCAGAGAGACCAGUGGACAUCCAGAAAGGAAUCCGAGACCGCAAGUGAGGCCAUGACAAUUGAUUCUGGGUCACUAGCUAGUCAAGUGGUACAACAUCCAACUUCCAGUGUUCUGAGGAAUGAUGAUCAGCUACAGCAUCAGGCUCUUAUUCACCAUCCUGAGGUGUCUGAAACAAUGGAGGAGGAACCUAUUGUUGCUGGCAGUACAACCCUGCUACAUCCUAGAGAACAAGCAAUUCAAAUCCGAUCAGCGGCACAGAGAAAAGAACAGGAGGAAGAGUUAGAAUUGAAGAAGCAACAACAAAUCAUUCUGCUUCAGCAGCUAGAGGCACAGAAACGAAGCCUGGAGAUUCAUUUACAGAAGGCUCAGCUGGAGAAGGAGCAGAUACAGGCUCGGAUGCAGGACAAUCGGAAGACAAAUGUUAAUUCCCAAGCUCCUUAUGAAGAGGAACAUGCCCCUUCUGUUGUUGUUCCUGAACAAAUCCAGGCCUUCCCACCAUCUUUAGAGGAUGACCAUUUACAGAAGAUUCAUCGUUAUCAAAAGCGUCUCUUGGAGCAAAAUCGGCUGCAUAAACAGUCGGUCGAAGAAGCCCGAAGGCGACUUGAGGAGUACCAGAUAAUGUUGAAGAAAAGGUAUCCAUCUUUGUCUACAGUACCCUUAGAACUCAGUGCUGCUUAUACUAGCUCCGGUUUAAUAUCUAAAGCAGAAGUAGAACUGACCUUGCAAAGAAAGCAGCCAAAUUUGCCUCCUGGCCCUCUCAAUUUACAGAAACCAGAAUGGCAGGAGCAGCGAGAGGCGCUCCACAGCAGGCUCACGGCACUUGGAGAAAAAUGUUCUGAAUGUUCCUUAAAAGGUGGAGAAUUAAGAGGCAUUCAUUUAUCUCAAACAGAAAAUAAUUUACAGCCAGAAAUGCUAUUCGUACACCCAAUUCCCACACCUCAUUUUAACAAUGGUGCCUUGGGGUCAGAUUCACAACAAAUGCAGACCCAUCUCUCUCAUUUAAACACUGAAAUGAGAGCCUUGAAGGAUGUUGGUAUGGAGCAACACACAGAGAGGCAUUUAGAACCAUCCAUGCUUCCAAUAUCCCAAGCAGAACCAGUGCACAUGGCCAUACAAGGAACAUCUGACAGUGAGAUGACAGAGGUAGACAUCGGACGCUUUAUUGAGGUUUCAAAGAACGAUGUGGUGCUUCUUGAAGCUCAGUCGCCUGAAUUGCUGAUGGGAACGUUUGAACCUCAGUGCCAGAGAAGCUUGAUAGUAUAUCCUGAGGACUCUUCAUUCCCCAAGCCUUCGGAAAGUCCCGGUGAUCAGGAGAGUCAGCUGGCAUCCUUGGUGGAGAUCCAGGCUCGGCAAGGGCAGCUCCGGGAGUUACAGGAGCAGCUCAAUAGGCAGCGAGAGGCGCUGCAAAGCAGGCAGAGAGUUCAGGAGGAAUCGCUGACCUACAAACAGGACCAGCUGAAGGAACACAUGAAGAGACAACAAGAGGCCCUGAAAAUGUUUCUCACUGACAAGCAGUUCAAGCAGACGGCAGCAAUGCCAAAGACCAGUAAAGCAGAACAGUUCAAUCUGAUGUCUUCCAUGCUGCAAGCCUUGGAGAAAGCUGAUUGCACACUUGAUGAGUCACACAGUAUUGAGCACCAGUCUAAUAUGCCUUCACAAGAAAAUGAAAAUAAAAUGCCUUCAUGCUACCAUCAGACAUUUAUGCAAAGUGGAACCACGUCUCAGAAUAUCUGUCAUGGCCAAGACCAUCAACUCUCAAGACGACUGAAACCACCAGUUGCAAAACCCAGGCUAGGACUUCUAGAGGUCAUUGAACAACAUGAGCUCAGUGCAAUACAGGAGGUUGAAACGCCUAUAAGUGACAGCCUUCUCAUAGGCGGAGAUGAUAAACAUGAUUUCAGUGUUGCUAUGGAUGGAGGUAUGAAAGAGGAGACUGGAGUCUCAAAGCUUUCUCUCGAAAGCAAAGAAGGAAGCUGUAGCGAGAGCAGCAAAGAUACUGGGCGCUUAAGCAGACUGUCAUGGAGGGAGAUGUUGAUGAUGGAAACCCGCACGUUCUCAGACCAAGCUCCUUCUAGUGACCCCACACAUUCAGUGGCUGUGGAUCUGCCAUCUUACUCCGCUGAUGUUGGGCGAGGUGUAUUAAGCUACCCUGGACCCGUCAUUUCAAGGUUUAAAUCAAGUAAUAAGGUGAUGCAUCCUCGGUCUCAUCUGGAUCCUCUUUUCAUAUCGUUCCAAAAAACAUCUGAGCAAGAUUGCUUGUCAUCUACUACAAUUUCUACUGGAAGUCUUUCCACCAAUGAACAGGAUAUCAGCUCCACUGAUGUCUCUCUUCAAUCGACACAACGUAUGCAAGGCAGGUACUGGGCGGGUAAAGCAGGAAUCCACAGCAGCACUUCAGUAUUCAUGACUUCCUCUCCUGAAUGUCCUGGUGCCAUAGAAACCUCUGUUCCUGUGUCGCAUGGAACAGAAUCAAGGCUCAAUGGGAGUAGAAUUCAGCGCAUCAUUGACAAAUACACCAAGGAACUGAAUCAAUCCCUCGAUGCUGGGAAUGGAUCCCCAGCUGAAAUGGAUAUUUCAGACUCUGACUUUCAUCUUCCACUGCGUAUUGACAAACCUGACUCCAGUCUGCAGUUUCAGGCUCUGGAAUCAAGACCAGAUUAUAGUAUUUCAAUGUCCACUUCAUCUCAACAAUCUAGGAUCUUUGAGAAUCUUUCUGAGGAUUCAAAUACCUCUACUCAAAGGAAUAUGACUGUCUUCAGUGCAGAACAGUUGCGUGUUAACAGUCCUAGUGGGCCAGAAGCAGAGGCCCCUGAUGUAAGCAAUGAAAUAACAGUGGGGCGUAUUCAAGGUAAUAUUACUUUUGCACCCCCAGCUGGACUGGAUAUUUCUGACUUCGAAGACUCACAUUUGUAUCUCCUAUCUGACGUCAGCCGAAAUUUCCAGCCGUUGAAACCAAGACCCGAUUUUGAUAUUCCAGCCUUGUCUUCAUCCACGCAAUUGCAAAGUCACUCUGUGGUUUCAAAUGCCACUGCUCAGAAGAGUUUAAUUGGCUCUAAUGCAAAGCAGGCAACCACGGAGUUGACAACAGAGACCCCGAAAGUAAGCAAUGAAUUGACAUUGGGCAGUAUUCAGGAUUACGAUAUGCUCAGAACCCCAGCUGGAAUGGAUAUUUCAGACUCUGACUUUCAUCUUCCACUGCGGUUUGACAAACCUGACUCCAGUCUGCAGUUUCAGGCUCUGGAACCAAGACCAGAUUAUAGUAUUUCAAUGUCCUCUUCAUCUCGGCAAUCUAGGAUCUUUGAGAAUCUUUCUGAGGAUUCAAAUACCUCUACUCAAAGGAAUAUGACUGUCUUCAGUGCAGAACAGUUGCGUGUUAACAGUCCCACUGGGCCAGAAGCAGAGGCACCUGAUGUAAGCAAUGAAAUAACAGUGGGGCAUAUUCAAGGAAAUAUUACUUUUGCACCCCCAGCUAGACUGGAUAUUUCUGAUUUCGAGGACUCAAACUUUCAUCUCCCACCUGACUUCAGCCAGAAUUUCCAGACUUUGGAACCAAGACUUGAUUUUGAUUCUUCAUCCAUGCAGUCGCAAAGGCACUCUGUGGUGUCAGAUACUACUUCUCAAAGGAGUUUAACUGGCUCUAAUGCAAAGCAGGAAACCACAAGCGAGACCCCAAAUGUAAGCAGUGAACUGACGUUGGGCAGUGUUCAGGAUAACAAUACGCUCGGUGAACUGCGCAUUUCUGAUUUACCUUACUCCAAUCUUAAUUCCCCACAUGACUCGAGACAGCUUUUCCAGGCUUUGGAACCAAGACCAGAUUUUGCUAUUGCAACCUUCUCAUCAUCCCAGCAAUCACAAAGACACGCUGGGAUACACAGCUGCGAGGAUCACUUGGAGGAUUCGGAUAUCUCUGUACAAAGAUGCUUAAUCUGGUCAAAUGCAGAGCAGUUGCCAUCAGGGCCAGUAACUCUGAUCCCAGAAGUAAGCCGUGAAUUAACAGUGGGGAGUAUUCAGGAUGACACUCCUGCUGUGGACCCAACUUCAGACUCCUCCUGUCUGCAGUCAGACUCCGCCCUAAAUGAGAAUAGCCAGAAUGUUGAGUGCCCUGCUGCUGCAAGCCUAACAGCAGAAAGAUUACCUGAACAGGUUAGGCUUGGAAACAUGAUAUCUUCAGCCAGCAGUCAAUACCUUCAGCAAGGUAUGGUCCAGGAUGAAGAAUUUGUUGCCCUGGCAGAAAUAUCUCAGAAUGAUACAGAGUUCUCUCGGCUUUCUGAAACAUCUUUGGAGCACCUGAGACGACAAAGUCAAGAAUGCCCACAUGACCAACAGCAGGAGUCUUUCUACCAGUUGGCAUCAACACAAAGUACAAUAGGCGAUUCAGUUCUUUGUGAGCCCCAAAUUGCCGAUUCCCUGAAAUGUGACUUUGCAGAGAAAGUCAAAGAUAAACACCACUUGCACAGUUUAAAUGGCUUGCAGAGUGGCCUGUCUGACCUGCAUUCAAAUGAUUGCAGAAAGCCUGUUUCUCAGCAGAGUGGUCCACAUAGCACUAGCUCAAAGAAAACUGUUGGACAAGCAGCAAAUGAUGAUGAAUUAAAACUGAAAGACUUGGUAGAGCAACAUUCCAUCACAGAAACGUCAAAAGAUUUGGGCACUUUUAAGUCAAACUUCAGCAUACCUGUGUGGGAGACUGAGUCUGGGACUGGAAUCCUGGAAGAACCUGAGCUGACUCUAAUGAGCCUAAAUGAAACCACUAUGCUAGAACAGGAACUAUCCAACAGCAAUAUGGAAGAAACCACAGGGAAUAGAAGUGUGAAACCAACAUGCAUGAGUGAGAAUCUACAGUUAAAUACUGAGGUAAACAAAUCUAAACCUUUGACAGAAGGAUUUCAGAGUUCAAAAAGCAAAACCUCUCAUGCUGUGAUGCUGGUGGAGUUCAGUUCCUCACCUGGAAGCUUGCAGGAGAUUUUUCUCAAGAAAAAAAAAGACCUCAUUCAGAAAUCAUCUAAAAGAGUAGAAAUGAUUAAAACCAGAGAGAGACCACUGGCUGUAAAGACUCCUGAAAGUCUCCCAAAGGGUCAGAACUCUCAAAACAGGGCAGAAGUGCCUUCCUAUGCUCAGGUUUGUCAGUUGAAGAAAGUGGGGGAAGUGAAAGUGUGCACACCAGAGCAAAGAAACACUAAUGAAACAGAAAUGUACCGAAGGACAGAGAGGUUGUAUAAUCAAUUGGAUGAGGUGAGACACAGAAAACACAUUAAGAUGACAGAAGAAGCAUAUGCCAAAAACCGUGAAAAGGCAAAGGAAUUUCAAAAAAAAACUCUACAGAAACUAAGAGCUAAACAGAUGAAGUGUUAAAGAUCAGAUACUGAAUGGCUGUUGCUAAAUACUGAAACUUAGUGGGUCCAAAAAUAUCUAGUUUGAUCACAAUUUAUUUGUUUGUGUAUAGUCAUGCAUUGUAAAUAACUAUUUUAAGUAAUAUUUAUACUAAUUCUCAAUAGUGUAUGUAGAUUUGCUUGAUAAAUGCCAAUGUGUACUAAAUUAAUUAUUGUGUUUUGAUUUGUUCUGAUUUUUUUGUUUCUGUUUUUCUAAUUUGGGUACAUAUUUAUAAAUUCCAUGUGUGAGGAAGAUAUUCUGAAUAUUUUCUCAGGUAAUGUGGUAGUAGAAUAAAUACUAACAAAGUUGAAAAUGAGUCCUAUGAGUUUUUAUAUAUUACAACCAAAAAAAAAGUCCCACAUCACCUGCCUGUUUCAAAUAAUCCAAAAAUCACCCGCAUUUUUAAUAGUUUUGGUU